CAAAAAUUGAAACCCAAACUUCCCUCCCUCCUUUUUUUCUAGGGUUUUAACACUCUCGCAUGCCUAAAACCCCCAAUUUCCAGUUCCUGCUCUGAAAUUCUCUUUGCAAUUCCCGGAAUUUUACGUUUAAUGCGUACAUUGUCAGCGAAUUUCCGCCAUUAUGAACUCUCUGAAACAAAAUCAGGAGUUCAUGCUGAGAGAAUCGAUCAAGCACUUUUUAACUUCAUACCACAACGGCAGCUCCGAUUACUCAUCUUUCGAGUCGAUUUUCUUCCGUUUGAUCCAGACAAUGCUCGAUCCGCCGCUUGAAAUCACUUGGUUCUACGCCGCGGUCACAUUUCACACAGCGAAGCGAAACAGCCCUGCCUCUAGGGUGCUGAUAGCUAAGGAUUUGUUGAAUUUAUUCACUCAGUGCUCUAAUUUGAGUAGCGCGUCGAAGAAGAUCGCACUGCUGGCCCCUGUGGUGUAUGACCUGUACAGUAUUGUGUGUGAUUCUAGGGUGACUGAGCUGCAUGAGCGGAUUGAGGUUGGAAAAUUGGUGGAGAAUAUGGUUUGUUAUAUGAUGGUAUCUGCUGGGGUUUAUGAUUACGGAAACGAGGAUGUUGAGUGUGAUACUGCUGUGGUGUGUUUUGAGGAUUUGGUCCGGGUUUGGACUACUGACCGAGGUGGGGGGAGUUGCAGCUUUGUUGAAACUUUGAGGAUGUUCUUCCCUCUUUUGAGUGAUGGAACUUGGACGACGAUGAAUGCUGGUUGUGGGAUAAGGGAGCUAGUGGGGAUUGUUCAGUUGGAAGUGUUCUUUCUCAGGCUGUACAUGAGUUUUAGUUCUGGGAUGUGUACAGAGGAUAUCCUGAAAGAUGCACGAGACCAGGCAGUUCAAACCAUUAAGGGGUUCCGGAACAUCUACUUUUUAGAUAUGCUGCUCAAAAUGCUGUCAGGACCUAGCUUGCCUAUUGCAGCCUCAAUGAGCUAUGGAGAUGCAGUUCUUCUACAUAAAGUAUUGUAUGAUGCUGUUAUUUUGGUUGACUAUUCAUUUUAUUCUGGGAGAUGGAUCCAGUCAUCUGCCAGUCAAUUGAAAAAGCUGGCUCUGGCAUGGGUGUUGGCUGCUGACCAAGCCAUUCAGUUUGCUAGCGCUGCAACGGAAAAAUCUUGGGCCAUUUCUUACCUUAAUGCUUUCAAAGAAUGUCAUUUGGUGGCUGAGUUAAUUAAAUGGGUCUGUAAUCAAGCUGGAAUUGUGGACCUAAAUACCAUACCUGACAUCACCAAUCCCAGAGCUUUAAUCCAGUGGCUAUUGGUCCUUAAUGAUCAGGGGAUUAAUGUAUUCGAUCAAAGCAUGUCACUGCUCCAUGCAAAAGCAGCAGCGUGCAUAUCAAAACUGGAGAGUGAGACACCAGAACUUACCCUCCGUACGGGUUAUUGCCAUAUGAAUAUCAUUGAUCUCAAUGAGAGUGAUGAAAGUGAGGACAGAGAAAUGGGUGAUCAGCCUAACACCAGUGCUCUAGGGGGUUUCUCCUUGACAAGCGUGGAAAAUGGUACUGGCAGAAAACGUAAAGAGGCUCUGAGUAGUUUACACGAACCACAGGUGAAGCAGGUCAAGCUCGACCAUCUUGGGGACAAGCUCUUAUCUUUAUCCAGAUGUGGACCAGAUAGCGGUGGCCCCUUGGUUCAGAACAUUGCCUUCGACGAUGACAUGGAGCUCGUUGGGUGAGUUCCCGUGCAGGAUGGUGAAUUUUGCCUUGUUCAUUGCAAUCCAAGUGUCGGCCUCCUACGGCCUCUUUUUCAACAGGUGAUUUGAAAACAGUCAUAGCAAUGACAAGGACCAUACUAGUAUGACUUUAUAUGUAUAAAAAAACCAUGAAACUUGUCAUGAUGCUGCUAUGCCAUAUGAAACCUGCUUAAUAUCCCCCUGCAUUUGUGGUUUUCAUGUUCUGCUUUA